ACUUCAUUCUCACGCCAUUUGCAUCUCUUAUCCCCCUCCGACCCUACACAACAUUUCAAAAAAUAUCUCCAGCACACCACGAUUAUCCACUCCUCUCAUCUUCUCUGAUUCCUCAAUUCCCCAUUAUUGUCUUUCUCUUUCUCUUCACACAUGUUACCUUCCAUGGAACUCGCUUCUUUACACGAUAAAUUCAUUGUCCCUCUCGCUGUUUACUCUAGGGUUUCAACCUCUCUCUGCAACUCCUCUAAACGGACCGUUCCGUUUCGAUCCCUUCGCCAACGGAAUUUGUGCUACGCUUCCAGUUCCGAGGCUUUGGUGGCUAAUUCGCGGAAGGAUAAUGAGAAGCAGAGUAGUAGUGGAGUUGUUGUGAGCAAGAAAGAGGAUGCGUCUGGGGAUUUGAAAUCUUGGAUGCACAAGAAUGGAUUGCCUCCUUGUAAAGUGGUUCUUCUGGAGAGACCUUCACAUGAUGCUAAGCAUAUGCCCAUUCAUUACAUUGCCGCCAGUGAGGAUCUUCAGGCUGGCGAUGUGGCAUUUUCAGUUCCCAAUUCACUUGUUGUGACGCUUGAGAGAGUAUUAGGAAACGAGACCAUUGCGGAACUUUUAACCACAAACAAAUUGUCGGAAUUGGCAUGUUUAGCACUGUAUCUUAUGUAUGAGAAGAAACAAGGAAAGAAGUCAUUUUGGUACCCAUAUAUAAGAGAGCUUGACCGUCAGAGGGGAAGAGGCCAGCUAGCUGUUGAAUCUCCACUUCUGUGGUCAGAAGAUGAAUUGGCAUACCUGACGGGGAGUCCCACUAAGGCUGAAGUUCUCGAAAGGGCAGAUGGAAUUAAAAGGGAAUAUGAUGAGCUUGAUACUGUCUGGUUCAUGGCUGGCUCUCUGUUUCAGCAAUAUCCAUAUGAUAUACCAACUGAAGCAUUUCCUUUUGAGAUUUUUAAACAAGCUUUUGUUGCAAUUCAGUCCUGUGUGGUGCACUUGCAGAAAGUCAGUUUAGCUCGGAGAUUUGCAUUGGUUCCUCUUGGACCCCCUUUGCUAGCUUACAGGAGCAACUGCAAGGCAAUGUUAAGUGCUGUUGAUGGUGCCGUUGAACUAGUGGUUGAUCGUCCAUACAAGGCUGGGGAACCCAUUGUUGUCUGGUGUGGGCCACAACCUAAUUCAAAAUUGCUUAUAAACUAUGGUUUUGUUGAUGAAGAUAAUCAAUAUGACCGUAUCGUUAUAAAGGCAGCUCUCAACACCGAGGAUCCUCAAUAUCAAGAAAAGAGAAUGGUUGCACAAAGAAAUGGCAGACUCUCUGUACAAGUUUUUCAGAUAUAUGUAGGAAAGGAGAAAGAAGCUAUCUCAGAUGUGCUUCCUUAUUUGCGAUUGGGCUAUGUAUCAGAUCCUUCUGAGAUGCAAACCGUUAUUUGUUCUCAAGGUCCAAUUUGUCCGGUGAGCCCUUGUAUGGAACGAGCUGUGUUGGAUCAGCUUGUGGAUUAUUUCAUGAACCGCCUGGCUGGCUAUUCCACUAGCUUGAGUGAAGAUGAAUUGAUGUUGGCAGACCAUAAUUUGAACCCUAAAAAACGAGUUGCUACUCAGCUGGUUAGAUUGGAAAAGAAAAUUCUAAAUGCAUGCCUGCAGGCAACGUUUGAUCUGAUAAACCAGUUACCUGAUCAUACUGUCUCUCCAUGCCCAGCUCCUUAUGCCCCUAUAUUGAAAUGAAGAAAAGAAAUCAUUAAUUGCCUUGUGGAUCUUACCAAUUGUGGAACUACUUUGCAAUGGGAACAUGGGUUUCUCCGCUAAAAUAUAGAUGAGCUGGAGAUCUCUUAUCCAAGUUUGUAUGGAAAUUCAACUUCAGUGGCCAGGUCUUAAGCUUCUAAAGAUUUCAGCACUGAAAAGCUCUUAUUGGAGUUGGUUUGCUCUUAAAAGAAACUCGCAGAAAUAGUGCAUCAGUGCUAUGUAAAUGUUUCUUCCUUUGCCAAGGAGAGGUUAGCAAUUUUGCCUUUGGUUGCUGAUAGUAGCCAUCAUGAUGAAAUGUCGUUUACAUGCAAAUUUUGCUCAAAGGAGUUUCUUGAUGACCGAGAGCUUGGCAAGCCUUAUAAAAAGGUGGCACGACAGUUGUUUGGAGAAGGAAGAAGAGAAUAAGUAGAAGAAGAAUAAGAAGAAGAAGGUGGUGACUGUUGCUGAUGUUGCCACCACUUAUGGUUUACGUAUGCUAGUUAUCUGAGAAACCUCUGAUCUCAAGUAAGAGUGAUUUUAUCUAGAAUGAUAUUGUUAUGGGAUCCAAGUUCAAGAAGAAUAAGAAGAAGAAGGUGGUGACUGUUGCUGAUGUUGCCACCACUUAUGGUUUACGUAUGCUAGUUAUCUGAGAAACCUCUGAUCUCAAGUAAGAGUGAUUUUAUCUAGAAUGAUAUUGUUAUGGGAUCCAAGUUCAGGGGCUGAUUGAAAUCAAGUCCCAAUAGUUUGAACUUUUGCCCUUGUACGGAUAUAAAAUGUAUUUGAGGAUUUCUUGGAUUACGAGCAGUAUUUGUGCACUGUUCUUCAUUCUUGAUUUGGGUUUCGACAAGUUUCUUCUUAUGGCCCGAGUGCAAAUUAUAUAUUUAUUUUGGGUUUAUAAGAUUUAGUUGUUCUAUUACCAAGUUUGGCUCAAUGAUAGAUUGUUCAGCUGCAUUUUCUAGUUAAUAAGCCUCUCUUUUUUGCAGGUUUUUUGUUGGGCUUGGGUACUGCUUAAGGCAGCGGAUGAGAUGGGAUAGUUAGCCAGGCCUUUUAAGAGCAAUAGUCAAUUCAUGUUCCAUUCAAGUGAUUGGAAUCCGUGGAUUCCCUGUUGAUUAUGCGACGAUCGGAAUAGAUUAACCUUAGCUUCUUCAUGGUCUAUUAUUUUCUAUUCACUUAAUUUGUUCCAUCAUCCUUUGUGGUAGUUUUUUAUUAUCUGUGUAAAGAGUGAGCUAGCACGUGAAAAAAGAAACAUGGGUAGAAGAAAGAAGACAGACUAGCAUAGGAUAGCUAUGAUGCUAGUCAAUUUGUAAAUGUAGAAAUGGAUUCCCUGCCUCGCUGAACACUGUUGCUGUAAUUUGUAUAUCUGAGUACACUUUUCAUCCGGCCA